UGGUUUGGCUCGGGUAAAUUGAUUACUUCGCUGUAUUGAAUAUUCGAAACUGGGAUCGAAUUUCCCUUGUGGUGACCGUUUGAUUUGUGAAGUGACGAGAAUAGAGUCAAUUUCGCUCGUAUAAUACGUGACGAGGUAAACAUAAAGAGAAAUCCGAAGUGUUGUGGUCAUUUGACAGUGCGGGGCUUGUUCUAACACGACCGACCUGCUUUCCCUCAGGUCCGCUAUUGUUCCUGGCCCUCACUUAGCACCCGACCACGGAGGCUCACUAAAACAUGGGGGAAAGUUAACCACUUAUAACCACCGAUUACUGUGAAGGUACGUACACAUUUGUGAUUGCUGACUUUACCCUCACCAUGCCUCCUAAACGAAGGAAGAAGGAUGAGAAACCCCCACCGGCUACGGGGCCGGGCAGCAAAAUAGUCUCACUGGCCGAACCCUUGAGAAAAUUUCAUAUUAAAAGGAUAGGAAAGAACGUCCAUCUUAAAUUCAGCACCUUGAAUGUAAAAUCGUUGCCAAUUGAUAUUUGGGCUAACGAGGAAAUCUUUGAUUUGGCAGUGGAUUUGAACUGCGAGAAUAAUCGCAUGAAAAAAUUACCGAAAGACGUCGGAAACUUAGUCAACCUUGAACAGAUCAACAUUCGGAAUAAUGCUCUGAACACUGUACCCGGUUCGAUUGCCAAGAUUAAAAAGCUGAGAACCCUGGACUUGACUAACAACAACAUCAAGAAGUUGCCCCCUACGAUCCACAAGGCGAGCGGAUUGGCGUAUCUUCGCGCCUCCAACAACAGAAUUAGAGUCCUCCCAAAAACCUUUGGGAAAGCAUCGUCGCUGGAAGACGUCGAUCUGUCGCAUAACAUCAUCAAAUCGCUCCGGAAGAACGUGUAUGAAGUGGGAGCUUCGAUUAAUCUACAGGGAAACAAACUCACAACGCUUCCCGACGCUGCGGUGAAAAAACCGCGCAUCAGAGUGCUUAACCUCAGUAAUAAUUCCAUCCAGACUCUUCCUGACACGAUAGAUAAACUGACAUGCUUGACCUGGCUAAAUCUGGCAAACAACCUCCUCGUGGAACUGCCACCCAAGAUCGGCGGCAUCAAAUACCUGAACCAUUUGGAUCUGUCCAAUAACCAACUAAAAUCUCUGCCAGAGGAAAUCUGCAAUCUGUCCCAUUCUAUCGUUUACUUAGACGUCUCCAAUAAUGAAAUCCCAGGUCUUCCCGACGACAUUGGAAGGCUGAGAAGAAUGGAAACAUUCAAAAUGGCUAACAAUCAGGUUGAGUAUCUUCCGACAAGUGUGAAGGAACUGGCGAGACUGGAACACUUUGACGUCAACAACAACAAACUGGAAUCUUUGAAAGGUUGCGUUUUUAUGAAAAACCUGGAGCAUUUGCACGCGUCUCAUAAUCAGAUAGAAGUAAUUCCGGAUGACAUCGUCGAAAUGAGACAGCUAAAGACCAUUGACGUCUCCUAUAACAAGAUUCGUGAACUUCCGGAAAACAUCGGCAAUAUCCGUAGCCUUAAGUACUUGGACUUUUCACACAAUAAAGUGGCACUUAUACCUGAUUCUUUAGGCGAAGAGCAAGUUCUAACAUAUCUGGAUAUGUCGAACAAUCGACUUACGGCUCUGCCGAGCGACCUGAGAAAGUUGCGCAACCUCGAAGUGUUCCACGUGUCGAACAACGAGAUAAAUCACAUGCCCAAGUCUGUCAGUCACAUGUUCCAGCUGAAGUCUUUCAACGUUGCCGCGAAUUUUUUCAACGACCUUACGCUGCCCACCUCGGUGAUGCAUCUGGACAUGUCCGACAACCCACUGACUGCAGCCGCCGACGAACCCAAGUGUGUCCUUAACAUUAUGGGAGACAAAGAGCAUUUGUGCAACUUGACUAGUCUGGAGUUGAGUAACCUUCACUUGGAGGAAAUCCCCCCGGCCGUUUUCAACCUGCGCAUGCUCAGGAGACUGUGUGUAUCGAACAACAAGCUGGCGUCAUUGACGGACAGUGUUUGUAAAAUUCGCACUCUGCGCGAGCUCGACAUCAGCCACAACGUCAUUAGCGACCUUCCCCAAAACAUCGACGUGCUGACGUAUUUGGUCAAACUGGACGCUUCCAACAACCGCAUCACUCAGUUCGUGGAAGGACUGACAAAGCUACUGUCUCUACAACAGCUAGAUAUGUCUCACAACAACAUGUCGCUUCUGCCGGAUGACUUCGGCGAUUUGCGGAAGCUGCUCGUACUGAACCUAUCCAAUAACCAACUGCUAACUUUCCCAAAGGACAAGAUCGACGUCAUGGCGUCCCUGUUGAAUUUGAAUGUCUCUCACAACUAUAUAGACGAGUUUCCCAUUGAAUUCCCUUACCUGUACCGUCUACAGAUCAUCAAUGCGUCGAGCAACGAUUUAACAUCCCUCCCGACCCCCAUGGAAAAACUGGCAGGCUUGGAAAUCUUGGACGUUUCGGACAACAUUCUAGAAAGCCUUCCUGAGAACAUAUGUAAACUGCCUAGCAUAAAAGAGCUCAAUGUUUCGGAUAACAAACUAACAAAUGGAUACCCCAAAAACUGGGAGAAACUUCGACAAAAGGCUCAGGUGUUUUUCGACAAUCAAUCCUCUUACAAGAAACGAGAAGCGAAAGACAGACCGAAACCAAAAGUAGAGGAGACACCAGCGGCGAAGAAACCGAAAUCGAAACGAAAUGGAAAAAUUAGUCCGAUGGGCGGCAAAAAGAGGGGAGUGAAAUCAGCACCGCCUAAAUAGAUCAUUUCAUAAUCAUUUAAAUUUAACAAGAAUAGCUCAGAAAAUUUAUUGUACACUUCUUUGGAAUUUGUUUUGGCCAGUCCGGUGCGCCCCAAAAUGACUGUAUUUGGUUUAUGCUCUUUGUUUUUUGUUUUAUGUUUUUUGCAAACUUAGGAUCUCAGGCAUCUCAGAGUUACAGUUAGCUUACCAACAGAAUAUUUAAUCUACAGAUCUAUCCAAUUUACACUCAUAUACACGCUAAUAUAAGUUUCUAAGAAUGUAAAAAUAACGACUUUCAAAUCCCCAUGUUACCAUGGUUAACAAAAAUCUGAAAAAAUAUUGAGGACAUGAUGCAUGAAUAAAUUAGACGUUAAUCAGAAAAAAACCCCUGAAAACAAUUAAAAAACCUGCUUCAAUAAUUUUCCGGUAAAACGGAAGACUUACAGCUCCGCCGGAUGGCAUUGAUAUUUUAUUUACUUUUGUUUUAAUCCUGUGUGUAAAAGAGGGCGUAAAAGUGAAAAUUAUACUGUGCAAAACAAACCACUGUGCUCUUAUAAGUGUUAUACUCUGUGACAGUUAUGGCGGGUAAUGGCGGCAAUGCAACAGCAGAAACUGAAUAAAAGUAAUGUAUUAGUAACAGUAAUGGACACAGCAUAGCCAAUUGCCGGCGAAAGUCACAAAAUCCAGAGCCCGGUUUCACAAAAGUUCCUACGAUCAGUAAAUUGCUUAGGUGGCUAGUUUUUUGGCUUGGCUAUGUCAAACAUGGAAUGUUUCUAAAAAAACAAAAAAACCAAAGUCAAACAUUUCCCAUCAAUUUAGCAUUAUGUUGCUUAAGCAAACCCGCAAAAAAUUCUUAGGAAGUUUCGUGAAACCAAACCCGGAUCUGCAGGGCCCGGUUUCUCAAAGAGGUCGUAACAUUACCCCGGCCUAAUCACCUUGCCGUUGCAUAAUGACGGCAUACGCCACAUUGGUACUUGCGACCGACAUAACCUUACGACUGAUUCGAGAAACAGCCCCAAGCUCUCUUGCGAUGCAUAUGCACCAAUAGAAUCUGGCACAGCGAUUACAGGGAUCUGUGAACUGCGUUGCACUCGGUCCGUCAAUGAUGUCGUGACUGAUAAGAAAAAAUCCAUCAUCUGGGUAUCGGCCAUAAAAAAGCCUUGAGCUGUUCACGGCUACUAUAUAUUAUAUAAUAUAAUAUAUAUUAUCCAUCUAUAAUUACAAUGCAGCAGUGACACAAUAUAACCGACUGUCCCCAUCUGCUACUGCCAGCCAUCAUAGGAGGCAACAUUCGGGUGGCGUUUCCUUUCUCUCUCUCGAUCUACGCAAAGAACUGAAGGCAUUCCAUAUGUGGAUAUCGGUACGAAGCCCUCUCGCAGCGCAGCGCCACUCUAGAGCAAACCGGAAGUAUACAAACGAUCGUUUCCAUUACAAGCAUCAAGCAUAUGCUGUUUGCAAGUACAAAUCCGCUUUAUUCCACUUAAUUUGCAUAUUGGUGUAGAGUAAUUAUGCUAGACCUCCUUAACAUUACGCUUUCGGUAUUUUUUCUCGUUAUGCCCUCUCUUGAAAAUACAGCCAACUAUCCAAAAGCAGUUGCAAAGAUUGUUUCCGGUAACAAUGAACGUCGAGAUUCCUCAAGUAUUUUUUACAAAGUUUGUUCACAAUGGUAUAAACCAUAAUUUUUGUCUAGUUAGCUUGUAUAUAUGCUAUUUUGUAAAGGAGGUGUUAUAACUCGUUUUGUACAGGAGCUAUAGUGUUAGUCGUUAAUGUAUAUGGAUGAGUUUUUGUACAGGAGCUAUAGUGUUUGUUAUUAAUGUAUAUGGAUGAAUUUUUGUACAGGAGCUAUAGUGUUUGUUAUUAAUGUAUAUGGAUGAGUUUUUGUACAGGAGCUAUAGUGUUUGUCAUUAAUGUAUAUGGAUGAGUUUUUGUACAGGAGCUAUAGUGUUUGUCAUUAAUGUAUAUGGAUAAGUUUUUGUACAGGAGCUAUAGUGUUUGUUAUUAAUGUAUAUGGAUGAGUUUUUGUACAGGAGCUAUAGUGUUUGUCAUUAAUGUAUAUGGAUGAGUUUUUGUACAGGAGCUAUAGUGUUUGUUAUUAAUGUAUAUGGAUGAGUUUUUGUACAGGAGCUAUAGUGUUUGUCAUUAAUGUAUAUGGAUGAGUUUUUGUAUAGGAGCUAUAGUGUUUGUCAUUAAUGUAUAUGGAUGAGUUUUUGUAUGGGAGCUAUAUUGUUUGUUAUUAACAGGCAUACUAUUUUGACACAUCUCUCCAUUGUUACAUUUUGAAUUGUAUUUAUAUUUGACGAUGUCAUUUUGGCGAAGCUACUACUGUAUCAAUUUCGCUUUGAAAUGUUCUUUCUGUAGUUAGAUGUAGCUAGUCAAUAUCUCUUUACCUCUAAUUGUAGUUUUAAAAUAACAUUAGAUUCGACAUGGGGAAACUUUAAUAGUGCAGUUUGUGUAUAUGUGUAGAUAUAUUCAAUGAAUUGUGUUAAUUUGAUAAUAUAGUUCACGUAAAUAUGUUCUUAUGUGAUAUGAAUUUUGAUCAUUGUCACGACCCUUACAGUUAUGCAUCCUAGAAUUGUGAUAUUUCAGAAGUUUUAGGUUUAACAUUACAAUUCCUGUAUUGUAAGAUGUUAACAAACGGAGCUGUGAUAUUUGUAAGGUUAAAAUUAAAGUAAUUAAAAAGGUCUUUGUUAUAUGAUUCGCAGCGAUGCGAAUAGUGUUAAAGAUAAGUAUUAUAUUGUGUUUUCUCAUUUUAACAGACGAAAGCGCUAGCCACUCAUACUUGACCUAAAGCGUGGUCUGAAGACUGUAUACAUGUAA